CUCCUUGCCACAGAAUCGCGUCGCACACUCGCUGAAUGCCGCACUUCGCUGUCUUCAUAGACAAGUAUUCGACACGAGCGCACGCCCCAGCUGAGGCAUGAGCACAUGCUGAACGUCGUUACAGAAGCUUGCGCCGUGCCGUGUCCAACGGGCAGCGGUCCGACGUCAGGGGCUUCUCGAGGGAGUGCGAAGCACUGCAAGAGCCCGGUGUCAGCGGUCGAUGCGGUUCCGACGACUGGCGCGCACAUACCGCGUGCUUCGCUAUGUCCGGUCUGGCAGGCCAGCUCGGCGAUGGGAGUCUUGGCACAGACAUGGGGCGUGUCUUUCGAGAAAGGAGCACGACUCAAUCGAGGCGUGCGCCAGCGGCGAAGCUAGCGAUCGAUGCCUGUGCUGGAUCUUCAACACAGCAGACAGGGGUCGGGCGAGAGCGACCGGCUCUUUCGCCCAAGGGCAACGGCCUGCGAGAGGCUGAGCGUCAGCCAGGACUC